GGAAGUAAAGCAACAAACGCGGCGACACAAGCAGUGUUUCCACUCUUCCCGAAAUUCGGGAAAUUUCAGGAAAUUUUGACUUUUUCCAGGAAAGGUUCGGGAAAUGAAAAAAUUCCAGGAAAUUUCGGGAAAUCCGAAAAUUACAAUCAAACAACAAUUAAACAUAGCAACUAUUAAUAUUCAUGUUAUAUUUACGUAAUUUUUUUACCUCCAUACGUAGCUCAAAAUUUUCCGCUCGCGAUCCGCGCUCGCAUUCUGUAAUGUCGUUCCCAUUUUUAAAGAGGGCGUGAACACAAAAAAAUCUAAAUUCCAUGAUUUUGGCCACCUGGACCAAAUUUACACUCGCUGUAUUAUUGCCCGAUUUUUGUUUAAAAUCAGAGUUGAAAAUUUCAGGAAAUAUUUAUGAAUUUCAGGAAAUUUGGGAUUCAGUUUCGGGAAAUUUAUUUUGGAGCUGUGGAAACACUGGACACAAGAGUCAAGACAACGUUACUAGUAUACCGUACAUCUCUAUGAGACAAAUAAAGACUGUCGACGCGACUGUCGAAGUUGGGACUCAAACUCACCUCGUUUUAUCUGCAGUCAAGACUAGCCAGGAGGCUCCUAGAGAGUAAAAAUCAUUUAACGUAUGCUAACUCUCCACGGAGCCAGGGAGUCCAUUCCAUUCAUCUGCGUGUACCUAGCCUAGCCCUGGAGGCUCCAGGGGCCCGUUUCUCAACACAUGGACAAACUUGAAACGGAUCAACAAUGGGAAAGACUUGCAAAGUAGUUGUUUGUGGAUCAGCCGGAGUGGGGAAGACGGCAGUAUUAGAACAGGUCAUCUAUGGAACACAUCGCAUUGGACAGGAAACAACAUGCCCAACAAUAGAAGACAUCUAUGUUGCCAACAUUGAAACGAACAGAGGGACCAGAGAACGGGUCCGAUUCUACGACACCAGGGGUUUGACAUCCAGCAACCAAGAUCUCCCAAAGCACUAUCUCAGCAUGGCCGAUGGGUUCUUAUUGGUGUACAGCACGACCAGCCAAGAAUCAUUCAACAUGCUGGAGUAUAUCAAAAAAGAAAUCGAUAAACUGAAAGAUAAAGACAAGAAAGAGAUAUCAGUGGUGAUGAUAGGAAAUAAAGUUGAUCUAAACCAACAGAGACAGGUUGACUUUAGAACGGCCAGUGACUGGGCAGUCAAGGAAAAGAUCCAAUUCUUUGAAGUAACAGUAGCCAACAGGAGCAGUCUCAUUCAGCCGAUCGUCUCGCUAACUUCUAAGCUCACAAUACCUCCAACCAAAUCAACCUUCUCCAUCUCGGUGAGGAAUUUCAAGCCGAAACAGCUGCAAAGCUUUGGCGAUUCCUGAGACCAGUCCCACUCCUUCAUUUUUGGUGUCGCCUCGAAGGAUCAUUCACAAGAGAGAACACUCACAUGUGCAAUGUUAAAUAGGUUAUAGCUUUGUGCAUAUUGUGUUAGUUCUGCCCAGUGUACCUUAAAAGAGAGCUGUGGCGAUUACUGUAAUCAAUCCCACCCCUUCAUUUCGGUGUCGCCUCGAAGGAUUAUUCUCGAGGAAGAACAAUAUCACAGGUGCAAUGUUACAUAUAGCUUGUGCUUCUUGUGGCGAUUCUACCCAGACUACCUAAAGGAGAGCUGUGACGCUUACUGAGAUGAGUCCCACCUCUUCAUUUUGGUGUUGCCUCGAAGGAUCAUUCUCAAGUAAGAACAAUAUCACAGGUGCAAUGUUAUAUAGUUCUGCGCUUCUUGUGUCGAUUCUACCCAGACUUCCUUUAAAGGAAAUAGUGCAUUCUUGCUCAUCAAGAAUUUCAAAGAAGUAAGCUUGCUGGUUUAAUGUACUUCAGAAUUGCAUUUUAUCAGUGUGGUUUAUAUGGAGAUGGAACGCUAUACCAUUCACUGUUAGAAGCAAGUACGUAUGUCUUCUCUGAAGCACGAAGAUUCGUAUGGCUUGGUCACAUAUAAAGGGCGUUGCACUAAAAUGUUUGCAAUCAAUUGCAAAAUUUCUGUAACAAUUUUUGCACUUGAUCAAUUUUAGAUGCAGCAAGUCAGUUUGCAGUCAUUGUUGCCAGAAGAAAAUCAGCGAUCGAUUGAAAUUUGCAAUUGAUUGGAAGAUGAUGUAAUUAAUUUGGGGAUCCUUAAUAGAUUUGCGAUCGAUCGCAGGUUUGUUGAAAUGCUCCAUGAAUCUGGAAGUGGGUCGAUGAUGGGCAUGGACCAUACCAGGGAGGUCCAAGAUCCACAAAAUGGAGACAAAAGUGGUUCUUGUCCAGGGCUUCGUAACGCAAAGAUUAGCGAUCAAUCGCUAAAUGAACUGACCAAUCAAUAUCAAUGUUACACACGCAUUAGGUUUAAAAUACUGACCAGGAGCCAAUCAGUGCCGUUAUUUCUUAUUUGCAAUUCAUCGCAAACCUUUGUGUUGCGGAGCCUUGGUUCCAUGACAUUUGCUCUGGCGACAAUCGCUCCGCUCUAAAUUCCACACUAAUGGAAUGACGAACUUAAACCCUGGGUUUAAGACUUUACCCUACCCUAAACCUAACAUAAAACACUAUUGCAACCCUAACCCUACAUCUUAGAUGAAAUUAAGCCUGGAGCAAUUGUCGCAAGAGCAAAUGAUGUGUCUCCGGUUCAAGAUCUGUAAAAUGGAGACAAAAGCGGUUCUUGUCCUGAUGCUCUGGCAGCAAUCGCUCCUCUCUAAAUUCAACACACUAAUCGAAUGACAAACUUCAAUCCUGGGUUUAACACAUACCCUACUCUAAACCUAACAUAAAACUAUUGCAACCCUAAUCCUGACCCAAUAUCUCAGAUGAAAUUAAGCCAGGAAAAAUUGUCUCAGGAGAAAAUGUUGUGUCACAGUUUUAGAUCCAUAAAAUUGAGACAAAAGUGGUUCUUGUGUAAUUGAACGGCUCUCAAAUAUGGUAAUCUUGAUCUGUUCAACUUGACGCAGGAAUGAAAACCUAGGGGAACUACACCGGUGUCCCGGCCUCCACCUCCAAAAAUCAUCCUAACUAUGAAUAUGUAAUUUGGGCCAUUCCAGACUUAGACUAUCUUAGAAAUUUAGGCUAGUCCAUAUAGACUUAAAGAUAUUGGUGUCAACAUUGUGAGUCAUUUAACCUAAUAGGAAACUUAUUCAAAUCAUGUACUUAUUGGGAAAAUGCUAAAUAAUAUAAUAAUGAUCUGGGUAUUUAUAAUGCACUGCAGACGUACAUGUACAUUUUACCUACCUAAGUUCUUACAGAUUUAUUAUUAUCCCUGUCAUCGGAUUCAAUCAGUCAUUCCUGCACACGAUGUUUGCUCAUGGGGGGGGGGGUAUUCCAGCCACAUUAAAUGUUUGUGUUUAAAAAUUGAUGUUUUUAUAACAGAUGUAUUGAUUGAUUCACAUGUGUGGACAACUUUUUAUGUUUGUUUUUUUAUUUUUCUGGAGGGGGGGGGUUAUGAAAAUAAGGAAAAGCAUCUAAAAAUCUGUCUUUGUCACCAAAAGGAAAAUGGGUUUAGCAGUUCAUAGUCCCCCCCCCCCUUUUACCAAAGGUCACAUUAAGAAAAAUGUUUAAAUGUCAUUCAUGUUUACCUAUUUUACCUAGUUUGCUUGUUGAAAUUUGUCUUAUAUUUUUCACGUUGUUGGUAUGUACACCUGUACAUUCUUUUUUUACAGACUGUAUUCAAAAUAAUAUUAUUCACAUUAUAGGUCUGUUUGGGAUUUGCAUCACAACGGUGAAAACUUGUUCCAAGAUAGGGUAGUUCAGCUACAUUUCGUGUUAUAAUUGAAUGGGAUAUGAAGUUACAAAAUAGAAUAUUGUAGACAUGUUUUUGUCAGAUGGCUAUGGAUAACUUUGAAUUCUUCAACUUCUUAAAAUUCAGCAAAAUAUGUUAAAGCUUGUUUCACUAUUUAAGACAGAAAUCUCAUUUAACUUUGAAAGCUAGAUGUGCAAUGUGUUUGUAUGAAAAUUUAAGGAAUGAUUUAUUUAUGUUUGAAGAAGGUUUCACAUAUCCUGUCUGGAAUUGCAAAUUAAAAAGGUGCUCUAGCAAAAUGUACCCUUUUAUUUAGAAUAUUGAAUAUGGAAAAAAAAGUGAAGUCUGCAUAAAUGAUAAUAUUCACCUAUGUCGAGGCAUUUUUCAGACCUUGGGCCUGUAACACAAAGCUUAGCACUCAUCAUAGAACAUGUAUUUACGAUUAAUUGCACUGAUUACAAUGUACAAUGAAUUGUGAAUAGUAAGCGUACGAUUAAUCGCAGACCUUUGUGUCUCUGACUUAACAUCCUCUCUGAGGGACCAGGGACCUUAUCUUACAGAGUUGCGAUUGAUCCAAUCAACACUAACACCCAUGUAGCCGCCCAUAAAUUUUACCAGUCUUGCCAGGCAGAAACGUUUCAAUGUACAAUGAUUCACACAUUGUUUUGUAAUCUAUCAAAAAACAGAUCCUCUGGAAUUUGGCCACUGACUUAUAUUCGAACCAUGUAUUCAUCCACAAGUUUGUAUGUAGUGUAUUUACAAAUGAUAAUAUAUUCCAUAUUUGUUUUGUGUGUAGAAAAUAUUUUGAAUUUGAUUAAAUCGAUGCCAAUUAA